GGGAAGGUGGUGGGAGGCGCGCGGGCGGGUGGGGGUGGGCGUCGUGGGCGGUGGCAGCACAAACAAGCAAACCUUCCAAUUAACUCCUCCCCACCUUCCCAUCCUCCUCCUCCUUCCUUCUUCCGGCCUUUCCCCCCUUCACAAAUCUCAAUUUCGAUUCCCGUUUCUACCCUCUCGUGCUCACGGGCGCACGUUCCUGGGUUCCGAUCCUGAGGAGGGGGAUCCCUUGGCCUGGCUUGCCGGCAUGCGGCGGGGCGGCGCGGCGGCGAUGGCGGCGCAGGGGGAUGGGGACGCGGAGGCGCGGUUCCGCGGGGUGCGGAAGCGGCCAUGGGGCCGGUACGCGGCGGAGAUCCGCGAUCCGGCCAAAAAGGCGCGGGUCUGGCUCGGCACCUUCGAUUCCGCCGAGGACGCCGCCCGCGCCUACGACGCCGCUGCGCGCAUGCUGCGCGGGCCCAAGGCCCGGACUAACUUCCCCCUCUGCCUCGCGCACCAUGGCCAACUACCGGCCAGCUACCCGCCCUACCCCCUCGCGGCCGCCGCCGUCCAGCCGCCGGUCGCCGUGGCGGCAGCCUGGCCGGCCAGCAGCAGCCUCAGCUCCACUGUCGAGUCGUUCGGCGUUCCGCGGGCGCGGCCGGUGCUCCCGCCGCGGCCCCCGCCGCCGCCGAUCCUCGACGGCGACUGCCAUAGCGACUGCGGCUCCUCGGCCUCGGUGGUGGAUGAUGAUUGCGUGGACGCUGCCGCCUCGCCGUCCUGCCAGCUCCUGCUCCCGUUCGACCUCAACCUGCCCCCAGGCUGCGAUGGAUUUGCAUGUGAUGACGACGACGAGCUGAGGCUGACGGCGUUGCGGCUCUGAACUCGAGCCACCGGUGGUCAGAGAAAGAGGAAAAGGAGAAAAAUAUUUGGUUCUUCCCUUCUCUCGUAGCCGACAUGAUCCACCUCUAUGUUGCUGCUGCUGCUGCUGUUGUUGUUUACAUGAUCUGAUGAUGAUUAAUAUGGCCGGAUCUACAAACCGGCCUGCUUGCAUGCUUGUUGCCGGCGAUGGUGAUGAUUAUUGCCAGACUCCCCCGGUAGCUCGCUGCUGUUGUACUGUACUAUAGUAGCAUUUUACUUGCUUCCUCCUGUGAGGAAUCAGACAGCUAAAGUAACUUAUUUUCUUCUUUAACUACAUGUGCUACCCUUACUCACCUGUUUCGAAUCGAGAGCAUUGAAUUUUUUUCCUGUUCA